AUGGACACACCAGACAAGAACCGCAUCUCCGCCGUUUCCUUCUGCAACUUUGAGGAUUCUCCAGUUUUUCAAUAUAUCAAUGGCCUAUCCCCCAUAGAGCCAGUGAAGGCAGAACACGCUGAUAAUAUCUUGCACUCAUUGGCUUUCGCGUCUCCAUCGUCUCUAUUUACUUCGCCGCAAAUGAACUCUUACCGAGAUUCCAGAUUUUCCAUCAAAAGGCUAUCUAGUCCAGUGAACCUCCUUGGUGAUGCUCUAAAAAGCCCACCAGAUGUUAAGAGAUCCGGUCUAUGUGAGGAGCAGCUAAAGUGUAGUAGACCUGAGCAGUUGUCAAAUGUUUCUGAAACCAAGCGAUUUAAGGAGCAGGUUAGCUUAGCAAUUGAGCUGGCGAAUUCAUUGACCAAUGGAAACGAUGGAUGCGAUGUUCCAAUGGUUUCUUGUGAUGAAGUAGUAGUACCAAUGGAUGCUCAAAAUGAAAUAGGAGGAGUCGGAUCGAGAAAGCUAUCUGAUGGGUUAUGUAGACAGGAUAAAGAACUUGACGCUGACUCAGAUGGGGUUCUUCAAACCGAAGAUAUGGACGCUGAGAUUGGGUCUGGUGUAGGAGUAAAAGUGUUUGAUAUUGCUUGUAUCCAGAACCGUGAGCAAGAGAUUCCACAGGCCGAGGAUCCUAGAUUUAAUUCUUAUACUUCGGUCUGCUGUAAUAACUCAGGGGAUGUAGUAGAGCCUGGAGGUUCUUGCAGUGUGCAAGUUGCAGCUAGAGUUCCAGACAUCACUCUCAGCAGUUCAUCCAACGUUGCAGCUAAAGCUGAAGACAAGGAAGAAACAGGACCAAAACCCAGUCUCAAGCAACGGAGUGUACGCAGGCGCUGCUUGACUUUUGACGUGGGAGGAUCCUCCAAAAGGGUACCUUUGCGUGAUUCCACAAACGACAUUCCUCUUGAUUUUACAUCUAUCAACAGAGCUCCUAGUCCUCAUAAGCGUUUAGACUCCAGCAAACAAGAUACUGAUGAGGUUCUACCCAUACCACGAACGGGUGGCCUGCACUUGAAUGGUCUCGUGAAGACCUCAGUCUCGAAUGACCGAACCAAAUUAGUCACCAAAGAUGGCUGUGUUUUAUCUCAUGGAGAAGAGGAAUGCUCAACUCCUGUUAACACUAACAGAGAUUUGGUUCCCUUUGAUAACAAAAUCGUGGAGGAGGCUCCUGAGAGAUCUAUGGAAGGAGAAAGGUUCACGGAAGUUGGAAGCUGUAAAAACUGUAAAUGUAGGAAAUCCAAAUGCUUGAAGCUCUACUGCGACUGUUUUGCUGCUGGUCUAUACUGUGUUGAACCUUGUUCUUGUGAAAAUUGUUUCAAUAGACCAAUUCAUGAAGCCAUUGUUUUGAAAAGUCGUCGAGAUAUUGAAGCUCGCAACCCAUUUGCUUUUGCUCCAAAAUUGGUCUCGACAUCUGAUUCUGCUACAGAGUUCAGGGAGGAGAACAGCAAAACUCCUGCCUCAGCAAGACAUAAGAGAGGAUGCAACUGCAGAAAAUCGGGCUGCUUAAAGAAAUAUUGUGAAUGCUAUUUAAUGGGCGUUGGAUGCUCCUCGAGCUGCAGAUGCAUAGGAUGCAUGAAUAUAUUUGGUCACGCAAAUGAGCAACUCCAGUAUCCUUGCGCGGUAGAAUCUGAUGCUGUUGCAAUCAAGGAGGAAGCUAAAGAUCAUGGUGGUUAUUUCUAA